AAAUAUUUAUUAUUCAAAAAAAUUAAAUUGAAUGUUGCCUUCUCCUUCUUUCUAUGGUUUUGAAUUCCUUUCUUGUUUCUUUCUGGUUUUAGUUUUCAAGUUGAUGCUUAGCUUUUGUUUGGUUGCUGGGAAAAUGGAGGAAAAUGCAUGGAAGCAAAUGUACGAUGUAAUUUUGAGGAUUCUGCUUAGUGUACUACAAGAUUGUUCACGUCCCUUUCAUUUUGAGGUUUUGGAAUUGUGAAGGGCUGAGUUCUUCGAUUUGUUCAUGUUUUGGGAAGGGUUGAGUUUUGCUGGCUUUCAUACUUGAAUAGUUUUUCUCUUCUCUUUUUAACACAUUCACCAACAUGAUAUCAACUUUGAAGACCAUAUUUUUUCAAUUUUCUGCAUAAUUGGGAAUUUUGGAGUUUGGAGUUUUUGCACAAGAUAUAUAUCAACAUGAAGACACUUGCACAAAUGAAAGCCAAGGUACCUUCUAGGGUUAAUGCUCAACAAUCGAUAUUUGAGCUGAGAAACAAAGUGGUUCUUGCACUAAGCAAGCUUGCAGAUCGAGAUACAUGUCAAAUAGGUGUUGAUGAUCUUGAGAAAAUAGCUCAAUCCUUGACCCCAGAGGAGAUUACUCCAUUUCUAUCUUGCAUAUUGGACACAGACAAGGAGCAAAAGAGCACAGUUCGAAAGGAAUGCAUUAGAUUGAUGGGUGUUCUGGUGAACUUUCACACGAGUCUUCUGGGACCACAUGUAGGUAAGAUGGUUGCUACCAUUGUCAAGAGGCUUAGGGAUCCAGACUCCGUUGUGAGGAAUGCUUGUGUGGAAACAAUGGGGGUUUUGGCUUCUAAGUUGAGCAAUCAUGGAGGUGAGAAAAGUGGAGUCUUUGUUUUGUUGGUGAGACCACUUUUUGAAGCUCUGGGUGAACAGAAUAAGCAGAUGCAGUCAGGCUCAGCAUUGUGCUUGGCUAGGGUCAUUGAUAAUACCCAUGAUCCUCCAGUUUCUGUUUUGCAACGGAUGUUGACUCGGACCAUAAAAUUGCUUAAGAAUCCACACUUCAUGGCAAAACCAGCAGUAAUCGAGUUGAAUAGAAUUAUUAUUCAGGCAGGGGGUGCUUCAUCACAAAAUGUUCUAUCUGCAGCAAUGACUAGCAUCCAUGAAGCACUCAGAAAUAGUGACUGGACAACUCGCAAAGCAGCUUCUAUAGCAUUAGCAGAAAUUGCUUCAAGUGGUCAAUCUUGGUUGGGUUCUUUCAAGUGUUCCAGCAUCAGUUCUCUUGAGUCCUGCCGUUUUGACAAGGUAAAACCAGUCAGGGACACAGUACUUCAUGCUCUACAGUACUGGAAAAGUCUUCCAGGGCCUGAUACUCCUGAAUCUUCGGAAACUGGAUCUUCAAUAAAAGAAAAUUACUGUAGAGGCGAGUACAGUGAUAUCACCAGUAUCAGUGACUCUGUGAGGAGGGAUGGCACACCAAAUAGAGUUACAAACUCAGCCAAAAGAAGGAUUCCUUUAUCUGUUAAGAAAUCAUAUGAAAAUUACAUGGACUCUCGGCAUUCCAAAGCAGAUGAAUGGCAAAUUGAAAUUUCAGUCCCAAAAUCCCAUAAUGUUUCUUUAGCAGAUCUUUGUAAUGAGGAAUCUGAGGAUAGUUCUGUUACCAAGACAUUGGAAAGAAUCAGUUCUUACAAUAUUAGUACCCUGGAUAAUGGGUGUGAAUAUGUACCACUUGAUGACAAGCAAGAUUGUUCAUCAGUGUCCAACCUAGUUUCUGACAACUUUGAGACCAAGUUUGUGGCUGUUUCUCACGACUCACUUGAGGUUGAUGGUUUGUUAAGGUCUACAGGAAGAAACAGAAGGUUUGCAGCUGAAGUGAUUAAUAAUGAGGAACAAACACACUCUGCAAAGAUGAGAGAUUGUAGAAGCCUUGAUUCUACAGUCACGGAGACUAGCUUUCAACCUUUGCAUGGAUGCUGUUCCCAGGUAGCCAAUGAAAUGGCUUGCAUUCAGAAACAACUUUUGGAGAUUGAAAACAAACAUUCAAGCUUAAUGGAAAUGCUACAGGCGUUUUCAACUGGCAUAAUGGAUAGCUUAUCCAUGUUAAGGUCUAAGGUGUCAGUUUUAGAGCAAGAAGUUGAUAGAAUAUCUCAUGCACUUCUGCAAGGGGGAAGACAUUCUGAUUCAGCAAUCUCUAAGCUCAUGAAGCAGAACCAAAGUGUUUCUUCUCCCAGACUUUCAACAUCCACACCAAGGCUGUCUGUUGAUAUUCGCAACAAACAGCCUUCAUUGUUUUCUGCAAAGAAUUCUGACAUUUGGGAGGAAAAUACAUCUGGUAGAAGCAGAUCAAAGAAUUUGAAAAGGGCGACAGAGAUGAGGACAAAUCCUACUGUAAUGACUAGUAGGAAUGCCGUGAUGAAGGACAUGCAGAAAAGCUCUGGACAUGGAGCAUUGAAUUGCACAGGAAAAGUUGAUGCUGUCCUUGCUUCAAUUUCAGGUGCCAAUGCAAGAGAAAAUGGUCCAGAGAACAACAAUUGCCUAUGGCAACGUGUUAAAGGAUUCCUAUGCAAAGGGGACCUUGACUCUGCAUAUGCAGAAGCUCUUUGUUCUGUUGAUGAACUUGUUCUCAUUGAACUUCUGGAUAGAACUGGUCCUGUAUUGGAAAGUUUGUCCCACAAAACUGUCAGUGACAUUCUUAGCACUCUGGCAUCUUACUUCUUAGAACGAAGAUUUACAAACUCUAUAAUCCCUUGGUUGCAGCAGGCAAUGGAGUUGAGCACAAUUCAUGGACCGGAUUACUUUGUCCUCUCUGCUAAAGCAAGAAGAGAAUUCUUGUCUGCAAUUCAGGAGGCUUUUAACAUGGAAUUUUCUAAUCCUGCACAGAGAAGAUCCGUCACUCAACUUGCAAUGAGAUUGUGCCACCUGUGGGGCAAUAGCUGCCAAUAAUCAGAAGACUUCUUUCAAAUAGGUGUAUUGUUCAUGCAACUGAUGUUGAAUCCGGGCCUUUGAAAAUUUUAUUUUCCUAGAUGUGUUUCGAGAAGAAAGGAUUUUAUUAUGAAUCUGGGGCUGAUUGUUUUGUGUUGCAUUUGGGUCAUUUAAUAAUUUCUUGCCUCCACAA